UAUAUCACUGUAACAAGAAACAUCAACAAUUCUCUACUGUACCUUGUUUUAUAUUUGGAUAAUUUAUCAAUUGUAAUUUCAAACUUUUACAUCAAUAAAUAUGUCCGACCGUUUAACGCAAUUACAGGACACAGUUAAUUUGCAAGCGGAACAUUUUUGCAAUAGCAUUGGCAUAUUGCAACAAGCUUCAGUUCCAAGUAAAUUUCCCGGAUUUGAACGUAUUGGAUCACAACAGUCAUCACAAAGUGCACAAGAAGACUAUGCACAACUAUUUUCAACAUUAAUAUCAAGAUGUGCUAAGGAUAUUGAUACUUUAAUUGAAUCAUUGCCAAAUGAAGACAGUUCUCAAGAGUUACAAGCACAAAGUCUCCGUCGGUUGGAAAUUGAAAAUCAAGAAGCAGCCAAACGAUUAGAAGAAAUUGUCGAUCGUGGUCAAAAGACAUUGGAAAAAAUUCAAGCCGCUCUCAGUGAUAUAGCACAGGCACAGCUUGAGUCAAGUGACAUGAAGAUUUAAUAGAUUUUUUUUCCUUUCCUCAUAAUCUCAAUUUUGAUAUAUUAGCAAUAAAAAACAUUUUAACAUAAUGUGAAUAAAAUUGGACAAGACGAAUUUGUAUUAAAACAAAAUAAAUGAACAUGAAUUCGAACGUGUAAGUGAA